AUGUCUGAACCACAGAAAGAAGAUAAACCAAAGCCAUGCUGUGUCUGUCUUCCUGAGAAGGAAGCUAGAGACCAGUGCUUGCUAUUUGAUGGCCAAGAAUCUGCAAAGUGCAAAGAACUGAUUGAGAAGUACAAGAGUUGCAUGAAGACCUACGGGUUUAACAUCUAG